AUAUGUAUGUCAGAUACAUCCUCGUGCUAUAUUUACUUCUGGAAAAAACUUAUCUGCUGCUGGUUUGACCACAGCUACGAAGAGUCAGCAGACAAUCUCUAUUGCAAAAGCUGGAAUUCAUACGGCAUUGAAUGCUCGAACUUCAAUUUUAGCGGCAGCAAAUCUGAAUGGUGCGAAAUAUUUCGAUGUAGUGCCAAUCAUGUCUCAAUUUGAUCUAUUUUUUGUAGUAUUAGACGAAUGCAGACCAAAAAUAGAUCAGAUGAUAGCUGAACAUAUUGUAGGAAUCCACAGAAGAGCUAUUGCAAAGACUCAUUUCAAGAUCGAAGUAAUUCCGGAUUUUGUGAACGAGGCAGCUAAACUUAUACAACAGUCUAUAAUUCAUGUUUAUCAUGAUGACAUUGUAUUGAGAGAAGAACUUAUUAGGAUUCAAGAUAUAAUUCUUACGAAAUUAUUGCCCUCAGAAAAUUGCACAUAUCGCAAAGAUCUUUUACAAUGGUAUAUAGAGCAAUACGAAGAUACUUUAACAUGUGAAUCAGAAGUUGAAGCAGAAGAGAAAAAAUUCAAACUAGUGGUGGACCAUUUACUUAAG